GUUAUAUAACACCCGCUUCUACUUCACCUUCCCUCUUGGGCUUCUCUUCCCACUCUCACUCUUUACUUCUCUUAUCGUUGUGACGCGGAGUUGCAAUUCACACGAACCCAGAUUUCAAUUCAAUCAAAGGAGCCAUGUCAGGCAGAAAAGAAACAGUUCUGGACCUUGCAAAGUUUGUGGACAAAGGUGUUCAAGUGAAGCUUACUGGUGGCAGACAAGUGACAGGGACUCUAAAAGGCUAUGAUCAGUUACUUAACCUUGUCCUAGAUGAAGCCGUAGAGUUUUUAAGAGAUCCUGAUGAUCCUCUCCAAAUUACUGAUCAGACCAGACAUCUUGGCUUUAUUGUUUGUAGAGGAACUGCCGUUAUGCUUGUUUCCCCAACUGAUGGUACGGAGGUGAUUGUUGACAACCCUUUUUAACAGAUGAGGCCUAAAUGUGAAAUAUUUGUUCCUUCAAUCUAUAUGCUGAUCAAUCCCGUCACUUCACUUACUGAUGUUAAGCCAUUAAUGUGAAGACUCUGAUUAGUAUUUUUAGUAUGUUUGGAUUAGUUUAGCUUUUCUCAAUAUUGGCGUCCAGAAGCUACUCACAUAGAUUUCUCCCUAUUCAUAAUCAAUAUCGGCGUCUAGAAGCUACUCAUAUAGGCUUCUCCAUGAAUUGAUUUUGGUUUUAGAAUCUAUUGUAUAACAAAUUUCAAACAUGCAUGCACUAUGUUUAUUUUGUAAGAUCAGAUACUUUUUGUCCUUCAUUGCUUCAAAUUUUACAAAUAGUUACACAUUGCAUGUGAUUGUUCUGA